GGCCAAUCAUAGGUCAGCAUCAGAGCAUAAUGCUUUCCCCUCAGUCUAAUCGCCGCCGACAUCGUUCUCGCAUCAUUGUUCUUAGACCAAUCUGCCCAUCUCUUUCAUACUGUUCUGCCACGAUGGAUGACGCAGCUGGACCGCGUCGUUUCUCCGUCAGCAGCGCUCUGGUUCCAAAACUCAUUGACGACGGACCUGGUCGAAAACUGAGCCACGCGACGGUCUUCUCAGAGACGGAGCCGCUGCUAGCGCACGGCAUUGUCGAAGACACCACGACAAUUGGCCAUGAGUCAAAACUGUUGUUCAAAUACAGCUUGCCGUUGACGUUGACGUACUUGCUGCAAGUAUGCUUUUUUAUUUUUCCAAGAAUGAAAUUGGAGAAGAGGAUCAGAAACUCAUGUUAAUAGUAUUCAUUCAGUCUUGUGACCGUUUUCGUGGUAGGCCAUAUAGGCACAGAUGAGCUUGGAGCAGUGUCGCUAGCGACCAUGACGGCAAGCAUAACGGGCUAUGCUGUCUACGAAGGACUGACCACAAGUCUCGACACGCUGUGUGCCCAGGCUUACGGCUCUGGACGCAAAGAACUCGUGGGACUCCACCUUCAGCGCAUGACAUGCCUACUGUUCCUGGUCACCGUCCCCGUUGGAGUAGUCUGGAUCUGCUCAGGCUGGCUUUUAGCUCAUCUCGUUCCGGAGCAAGAUCUGGCGUACCUGGCCGGAGGCUACCUAAGAAUUCUUCUCGCCGGAACGCCAGGAUAUUUUCUCUUCGAGGCGGGAAAACGGUUUACUCAGGCACAGGGCUUGUUCGGUGCCAGUUUGGUUGUCCUGCUAAUUUGCACGCCCAUCAACGUUUUGCUCAAUUAUGUUUUCGUCUUCGUGCUUCGCUUAGGCCUUAGUGGUGCCGCACUUGCGGUGGUAGUCAGCAACACACUCCUGCCCAUCUGUCUCUUCCUAUACGUCCGGUUCAUAGUGCCGUCCAGUCUCGAAUGUUGGGGUGGGUUCACCAAGCAAGCAUUCCGCAACUGGGGCCCUAUGGUCAAGCUCGCCCUUCCAGGCAUCAUCAUGGUCGAGGCCGAGUGGCUUGCAUUCGACAUUCUGACGUUUUCGUCAAGCUACAUAUCCACAGCAGAUCUGGCCGCUCAAUCAGUAGUUAUGACAAUCUGCGUCGUCAUGUUCCACAUCCCGUUCUCAGUGUCUGUGGCUGUCAGCACGCGACUAGGCAACUUGAUUGGCUCUGGAGCGCUCUCAGCAGCGAAGUUGGCGACAAAGACGUAUGCUAUUAUUUUCGUGGUUAUGGGACUGAUUGAUGGGACAAUCAUGGCAACAGCACGCACUAAGCUGCCUCAAGCAUUCAGUUCCGACCCGGAAGUAGUACGCCUUGCUGCGGCUGUCAUGCCCGUCUUAGCAGCAUUCCAGCUUUUCGAUGCUACGACCGCGCUAGUGAACGGCCUGCUGCGAGGCUUAGGUAGGCAAUCCGUUGGUGGAUAUGCCAAUCUGUUUGUGUACUACAUCAUCGCUGUCCCGCUGGCUUUGUUUCUGUGCUUUGGGCCCCCAAAGCUAGAUUUGGCCGGGUUGUGGACAGGUUGUGUUGUGGGAAGCGCACUUAUCACAGUCAGUGAAGGCUCGUACAUCAUAUUCUUUGAUUGGAGCAAAGCUGUCGAAGAUGCAAGGUCGAGGAGUGAUUGAGGUACACGGCAUGGACCAGCGGGAACGACAGAUGGAGAGAGGCGAUCAUAAAAGGACUCGAUGAGGUGCGUCCUAUACACGCAAGUCUCAUGGUUUGAGUGGAAGCAAACGACGUGCAGGAAGAAGGGGUGUAGAAACGACUCUGGUAGCUACAUUGAAGUCCCAUUGCAAGUUGACCUC